CGUCACGAUGGGAUACGCGGCAGUAACCGUUCUGGCCUUCGCGGCCGUAACGUUUACCUGUGUGGGGAGCAACACUCUUGAAGACUCGAGGAAUAUAAACACAGUCGCUGCAAGACAAGCACCGCUCUUAGUCCGUCUGUCUCGACAAAGUGCUCCUGUUAGUUUAGAACAAGAAGUCAAAUCUUUGGAUCAGAAGCCUCAACCAAUUUCUGCACAGAAUCUUGAAGAUCAAAACGUAGCAGAGGAGCUUAAUCGUCAACGCCGUCAUCCCCACAAGGGUUACGGCGGUGGUCACCGCGGUGGAUACGGCGGUAAAACUUAUAUUGUAACUGUUCAGAGAGGCGGUCACCGCGGAGGCCACCAUGGUGGUUACAAAGGCGGUUAUGGUGGCGGUGGCGGCGGCGGAGGUGGAGGAGGUGGUGGAUACGGCGGUGGAUUUGGUUUCGGCGGCGGUUACGGAGGCGGCGGUGGCGGUGGAGGUGGCGGCGGCGGCGGCGGAGGCGGUGGUGGUUACUACGGCUAAAGGAAUUUUCAGAAUAUAACAUGGCGUCAAAUGAAGUUAUUCAAUAUGGACCAGAAAUUUGUGAUAAAAUUUUGUAACAUUGUUGCUGAACUAUUGUAAUUAUAAUUUUAACUCAUUCGCCCAUAUUCAUCGAAAUUUUAACUGGAAAUUUAGUUUGCGUUUAGAAACUGGAGUAUGCACCAUACAGCUGUUAACAUCAAUAUUCACACAAAUACCUAAUCCACCCAACAAUAAAGAUGAAAUUUCCGAGUAACAAUCAGUUAAUCA